ACAGGCUUCCUGGUCCAGGAAGGAGGGAGGAAGGAAACCUCGCUGCUCACCGAGGAGGAGCCUGCUGGUCGACUUCCAGUAGCUGCCUGGCCACCGCCUUCUUUCUGCUCACCCCCUCCCUCCCUCCCUCGCUCUCUCCUCCUCACCCUCCUCCUCCUCCUCCUCAGCCGCUACUGCAGCAGCAAGCCGCCCGGUGCCUCCUGGAUUAAUGAAGAAAGCCCCCCUGCACGGCACGUCCCCCGGCACGAUGGGCCGCGAGCUAUACACUGCGUUGACGUGUUGAUAUUGAGAUAUUUCAGUUAUCAAAUAUGAAUCAUGCAUUUGAUAUUUCUGGCCACUUUGCUCGUGAGCAUCCUUUCGCCUUGGCUUCAUCUAUCACUAGCGUCAUCCGGUUUUUCAUGUCUGAGCGGUGGCAAUUGUCUUGCAGGUUCUCAAGUAUGGGACAAGGUUGAGGGGGACGCAGUGCCAGCCCUGCUGAAGCAACAGGAAACUGCAGCACCUGCUACAGAAAACACAACACACCAUGCAGUAGAGCAUGUGAUCACCUACCCCUCGCGGUUAAUAUACUACCUAAACGAGGACUCGGAGAGUACCUACCAUGACCUGGACACCCGGGUCAAGGACCAAGCCACAGAGGGGCAGGCAGUCCACCUCGCCCAAGCCAGUUUCCAGUUAGAGGCCUUUGGCACCCGAUUUGCUCUGGAUCUAUCAUUGAACACUGACUUGCUGUCUUCAGAUUACGUUGAGAUCCACUAUGAGGCGGGCAAACCUAUUUUGUCAAAGGGCGGUGAGCACUGUUACUACCACGGUCAGGUGAGAGGGAACGAUAACUCCCAUGUGGCCUUAUCUACCUGCAACGGGCUGCAUGGGAUGUUUGACGAUGGACUCUAUGUGUAUCUAAUUGAGCCCUUACAACAGACUCAUUCAAUCGAUACAGCUGCAAGGCCUCACAAACUAAGAAGAACAGCCUCCCUUCGGUGGAACAAUGAUUCCGAGGAACAGGUUGAGGAGGAGGAGGAGCAGCUCUUCUCAGAGCUGGAUGACUUGUCCUGGCUGAAGCGCAGGAAAAAGCGAGCAAUGCCUCGCAGUGUAUUUGAGGAGAUGAAGUAUUUGGAGAUCAUGAUUGUUAGUGAUCACAGUAUGUAUAAACGACACAAGACCAAGCAGCACACAAGGAAUUUUGCCAAGUCGGUGGUGAAUUUUGUGGAUGCUAUCUUCAAAGAGCAACUCCAUACACGAGUGGUGCUCGUUGCUGUGGAGAUCUGGACUGACAAGGAUCAGAUCCCCAUCAGUGUGAGGCCGCUGGAGAUGCUGCGGGAUUUCUCCAAGUACCGGCAGCAAAGCAUCAAGCACCAUGCCGACGCUGUGCACCUCUUCUCAAAUGUGACCUUCCACUAUCGCAGAAGCAGCGCGGCAUACUUUGGAGGCAUGUGUUCUGGGAGCCGAGGAGUAGGGGUCAAUGAGUACGGCACCAGCUGGUCCAUGGCAGGGUCUCUAUCCCAGAGCCUGGCUCAGAACCUGGGUAUCCAGUGGGACCCAGCCUCCAGGAGAAAGGAAUGUGGUUGUGUUGACUCAUGGACUGGCUGCAUAAUGGAGGACACUGGGGUCCAACACCCACGGAGAUUCUCCAAAUGCAGCAUCUCAGACUACAAGGAGUUCCUUUUGAAAGGUGGAGGCUCGUGUCUGUUUAACAGGCCAACCAAGCUAUUCGAGGCCACAGAAUGCGGUAAUGGAUUUGUGGAGGUGGGAGAGGAGUGCGACUGCGGAGCGAGAGCGGAGUGCUACAAGGAAUGUUGCAAGAAGUGCUCCCUCGCCAACGGGGCCCACUGCAGUGAUGGCCCGUGCUGCAAUAACACAUGUCUGUUUUAUCCACGAGGUUUCAGUUGCCGCUAUGCUGUGAACGACUGUGAUAUCUCAGAGACCUGCUCUGGAGACUCUGGACAGUGCCCUCCCAAUCUUCAUAAACAAGAUGGUUACCUCUGCCAGGUAAACCAGGGACGCUGCUACAGCGGAGAGUGCAAGACCAGAGAAAACCAGUGUAAAUACAUCUGGGGGUCAAAGGCUGGAGGUUCUGAGAAGUUCUGCUAUGAGAAGCUGAACACAGAAGGCACAGAGAAGGGCAACUGUGGAAAAGAUGGAGACAAAUGGAUCCAGUGUAGCAAACAUGAUGUGUUCUGUGGUUACCUUUUGUGUACCAACAUCGGCCGCAACCCACGCAUCGGCAUGAUGAAAGGAGACAUCACCUUAGCCUCCUUCAACCCUCAAGGCAGACUGGUAGACUGCAGUGGCGGCCAUGUCCUUUUGGAUGAUGAGACUGAUUUAGGCUACGUGGAGGAUGGGACUCCGUGUGGCCCGUCAAUGAUGUGCCUUGACCACAAGUGUCUGCCAAUCCAGUCACUCAAUAUGAGCACCUGCCCUAGUGGACCUAAUGGACAGGUGUGCUCUGCCCAUGGGGUGUGCAACAAUGAAGCCACAUGCACCUGUGACACCACCUGGGCGGGGACAGACUGUAGCAUGCCUGACCCGCCUAAAGAGCCUGAGGCCACUCAGGACGAAGGACCCAAGGGUCCUAGUGCCACCAAUCUAAUAAUAGGCUCCAUCGCCGGAGCCAUCCUUGUGGCUGCCAUAGUGCUGGGGGGGACUGGAUGGGGCUUUAAAAAUGUGAAGAAACGGCGAUACGACCCCAACGCUUCCGCCAUUUAACCCGAAGGAGAGACGGCAAUCACAGAUGGACUCCUUCAAGGCUCCCUUAGUUGGCUACCUGACAGCUGGACUGCACUUAUUACUGCUGAUCUUUGGCAUUAGAUUUACUUGAAAAAGACAUAGUGGACAUUUUAACAAAUUCCAUCGUAGGGACGUUAGAAAUGCAGCCUUUUCAACUCCACCUCACCCAUGUAACAAACCCCCAACCCCACCCUGAUCUCUAGAGUGACAGAGCUCCUCUUCCAUCCUUUAGUGCCAGUGCACAGGCGUUCAGGCGGAAUCCACACCACUCUCUCACCUGGCAUGAUUAUUCGCGCAAAAGCGUGCUGCUUGCUGGCCCCCUGGCAUGAAGAGCCUUCUCUGCAGGGCUCUGCAUGGCUACGAAAGCUAUACCGCAAACACAUACAAAGAAAAAAAAAAACUGAAUUUUCUAAUACAGGGGUAGCCUCGUUAAAAACCAAACCCAGUGGAAAGAUGGUUGAAGCUCCUAUAGUUCACGUUUUAGGGGCUGUAGAUGAUUAAGGAGGCUGCAUGUGAGGACCCAGAUGGGUAGUGCAGACCAUCUAGUGAAUGCACACACACACACACACACACACACACACACACACACACAAUUGUACAUACAUGAAGAGUUCAGGUUUGGAAUAACAGCAUAUUUUAAAAUAACAUCAAUUCCUUAUGUUUUUAUUUUUUUUAAUCUUAGCAUGUUGUAUAGCGGGUGUUUUUGGUAAAUGUUCUUGACAAAAAAUGGGAUUUGGGCCAAAAUUGUAAUCGCACGCUGCACAGCUUCCUGCCAUUGUCUGGCCUUUCGGUCAAAGGUAAAAUUCAGCGGACAGAGUAGCUAUGGUGGUCGAGGAGAAAGAUGCAUGUCAGUUCUAGAGGGAUUCAGACUGAUAUCGCCUCAGAUUAAUGUCACAAGACACCCCUUCCCUCCCCCUCCCGGAGUAUCUUCAACAGUGACUCAGAAGCCAAAGAACCAAUCACCUGAACAUAUGGAUGUUGUUGCACACAGAGCACUUUCCCCUCUGUCUGCAUCCAGUGGUGCCUCUCCUACUGCUGAGGGCAUAACGUCCGUCCAUGCAGGCGUCCAGCCAGGUCUCACGUAACAGCCCUCAUCAACACCCACUAUACUGGCUUAACCUUUUGCUCUCAUAAACUCUUAGCAGAAAUCAACCGGUAACGCUGCAUGCAUUCACUAUAGUGGGCUUAUAAUUCUAUAUGGGAGUCCCCAAAAUCUGCAAGAAAAAUAUGCUACAAAAGAUAGGUGCAUGUGAACAACAAAAACAUUUAACUUUUAUUUACUAUGCAAAGAGAGAUAUUGCACAAACGUAUGGGUAAAUUAAUAUCAACGUAGUCAUGGAAUUACAAAAACGUUCUGCUAAUCAGCUAAUCGUUUGUAUUUGGCCACUCCUACGUCUGGUUUCACUUUGCUUCGUACUCAAACUAUGAAUGGACAAAUAGAAAAAAAGAGUGAAUUAAUAUUUCCAAUGAAAAGCGAGAGAGCACCCUUUUACAUUUGUGGACCUGAAAAUAAUUUUUGGUGUGUUUUUCAUCCGGUCUGAUAUUUUUAAUCUCACACAUGCACACGCACGUACACAAACACACUGUAUGGUGCCUGUACAUAUCGAGGCCUGAACAGUUUUCUUGUGCAGGGCUAUUAUUUCCAGUCCAGCUGAUAGUUGGUGUGUUCCAGGUGCUGCCAUAGCACUGGCAUCGUUGUAAUCCUCCAUGUUACUCAUCAUCCGGUGUCCCUCUCUCACUGCAUCAUGUACAUUUGGACGGAUGAAUAAACUACUGACA